AUGAAGUCCUCGUCCCCGUCCUCUUCCUCCUCCUCGUGCGCCCUGGCGCUCCUGCUGCUGCUCCUGCUGGCGCUCUGCGCCUCCUCAGCGCCAGUGGGCUCCGACCCCCCGACCUCUUGCUGCUUCACCUACACGCUCAGGAAGCUCCCACGCAACUUUGUGACCAGCUACUAUCAGACCAGCAGCAGAUGCUCCAAGCCAGGCGUUGUGUUCAUCACCCGGAAAGGCCGGCAGGUCUGUGCGAACCCCACUGACCGAUGGGUACAAGAGUACGUGAAUCAGCUGGAGUUGAACUGAGCAGAGCUGGAACCAAGCCGCUAUUCCCAGCGGAGCUAAAGGCCAAAGGAUAUCAGCGUUUUCCUGCAGAAUUUGUUUCCGAGUCAAGCAGGGACGUCACCGCUUCACCGGCUCUCUGUAGGGCACGGGGUUGUAGUUGAAUCUCAGGGACAUGUGAAGAUAAUUUAAAUUUAUUUAAAGUGUUUUGCUCAGGGCGACGGUUCCCUUCCUGCUAUUUAUUUAUGCAACUAUUUUAUUAAUGUAACUAGGAGGGGACCCGAAGUGGGCAGCCAUUUUAUACUUUUAUAAUAUUUGAGUACACAGAAUAAAAAUU